CAUGUCUCCAAUGCAGCCUGUCAAUUUACGCCAUCAUGUGAAGACCCCUGCGAUACAAGAGGCUGGAAAACUUUCUUUGGAUAACCGGCUUUUAAAUGCGCCUCCCCUCUGGAUAAUAUUUCGGGACUUUUUCUUUGUCUUUUAGAGGGCUUUAUAUGGACUGAGAUGGUGCAAUGCUCCGCAGGACAGUACCGCGUAUAUGUUGGCUUUGGUUUGUGCUCCUCAGUGCGUCGAUUUGGGGAGCCGAGUGCGUCAGUGCGCAAAGCUGCCAUGAAGUUAAAACCGCGUUCCAGCUGCGGCAGGUCGGUCCAUUAAAAUGGGUUCCGGAGACUGCAGCAACAGAUGCAGAUCUUCUGAUCUGUAAACAUCAGGGUCCCACCUGUUGCACUCGCAAGAUGGAGGAGGGCUACUACGCCGCCGCCCAGAGGGACAUGCUCCAGAACAUUGAAUCCUAUAGCUUUGAACUGAAAUAUCUCAUCCAUGUCUAUGCCUUGUCCUUCCAGGAUACUUUCCAUUCCCUGCUCUCCUUUAGUCUCAAUCACACUCACUCGCUCUUCGACAGCGCCUACAAGCCAAUCUCUGGUGACGCCAGACCCUUGGUCUCCGAACUCUUCUCCGAUCUAGCCCUCUACCUCCGUGGCGAUGGCAACGUCUCCGUGGAGCGCUCCGUCCACAACUUCUACAACAAACUUUUCCCAUUAGUCUAUCAACAACUGAUCAAUCCCGGUCUAGGUUCCCCAGUAUCCGCCUGGUCUGCCGAAGGAAGCGAGUGCUUGCGUGCCACGAGGCACGACGUCAAUCCCUUCGGCCCUCAUCCCCAGUCCCUCGCUCAGGGGCUGUCCAUCGCACUAGUGGCAGGCCGUGCCCUGGGUCGAGCGCUGGAGAUGGGCAAUGAGAUGCUGCACGUCACGGAGUUGAUGGGAUUGGCACGCCAGUGCGGGCAGGCAUUGGUGAGGAUGCACUACUGCUCACACUGUCGCGGGCUGACCCUCAUCCAGCCAUGCGCGGGACUGUGUCUUAACGUGAUGCGGGGAUGCCUGGCAGGCCUUGUCGAGCUGGAUGCGCCAUGGAGACGGUACGUGGCAUUUCUGGAGGGGCUGAGCGGGGCACUGGCAGGGGGCUACGAGAUGGAGCUGACGCUUUUGAGCAUCCGAGAGAGGAUCAAUGAUGCCAUACUCACGGCGCAGCUGAAUGGGCCGCAUCUCAGCGCGGUGGUGGGCAAAGUUUGCGGUCCCUUGACUCAAACGAUUGCUGCGACUCCCAUCAGUGUCACCUCAAAGAGUUUGACUCCUUCAGUGAACCCCACAGUACAGCUUCAAACGGCAGUCACGUCCUCCAGCCCUACAACAUCACCUGAUACAGCCGAACAUCAUCAUAUCAUACUCAAAAAAAGAUCUUCUCAUGGCUGCAGGUCUUUUCCUUUGAAGCCGUCCAAAAAUGACAAAACCAGAAGUUUGAAAAAGAUUUCAAGGGAGUUUAUGGGCUAUAUCCAGAGGUACAAAACGUUCUUUUCCACCCUUCCUGAGAUGCUCUGCGAGGGACAGGUGGAGAUUGAUGAAAACACAUGCUGGAGUGGAGAAGAUGUGGUGGAGAGUUAUACAGGUCGCGUGGUUGGAAACGGUUUACAGGCCCAGAGGCACAACCCAGAGAUAAGGGUCAAAAUUGCUCAUCCACUCCUGGUCAACAUUAAGGAGAGACUUGAACGUUUCAAUCAGGAGAUGAGAGGUGAGACUGGUUUUGGAGCAGAUGGUCACGGAGAUACUGAGACAGGCAGCGGCGACGCAACAGACGGAAGCGGCGAGUGCGAUGAUGAAGACGGUUGUCAAGAAUCGGGCCACAGCGAGAGCGAGACAGAUCCUCAAGACCUUGCCAAGAGGAAAAUCAACGCACAAAUUCCUCCAUGGGGUGUCAUCACCACAAACCAGCGGCCAGACUCCAGACCCAAACCUGGGGUGAACUUCAAUGGAGCCACGCCAACCAUCUCAGCCACCCAAAUUCUUACUCUGUUACCCAUAAUGCUGCUCUUCCUCUCGUCUGAUGCUGUCUGACGCUCACGAUCAAGAGCACAGACCUAACUGGAGUAUAAAAGAGAGACUCAUACAUUGCAUUAGUUCCCUUAGAAGUCUGCACAUUUGUUUCAGGUCAGCCUCCCAGCAUGUGGCUAUUCACGUCGCCUGUUUAAAAGCACCGCUUAUUCGUACUGUUUAUUUGCUCUGUCCUGUUUUAAAGGGUUCUAUGUAGCUACUAAGUAGUGUACUGUUAAUGAAAUGUACAGUAAGUGCCAGUGAGAAUAUUGUCACUUUUAUUGUAAUUGGUGGUUUACUGUAAUAUUUCAUAUCAAUUUAAAUUUCAGAUCAUCGAAGAUGAAUGUUUUACAAAUAUGCUUGUAUGGAAAUAUAUUUGAGGACGAAUGAGGAAUUGUAAUAUUUUAUCUGCUUGUAGAUCUAUAUUUUAAUAUCUCUGCCUGGGUGAAUCUCCGCAAGAAAUGCCUGGGUCAUUUUUCACCUCGAAAUAAAAGUAAACAGAAAUAAAUUUAUAAAAAAUGUAAAUAGAAAAAAAAUUGUUCUUGACAUUUUUGGCAUGAUUUCUAUUACGGUGCACAUUACCCUUCUCAAGAUCCUUUUAAUAUCGCCUUAAUACCAGUAAAUUAGUAAAAAAAAAUUGUAUUUAUAUUUGUAUUUAAUAAAUAUUUCUAAAUUAAAAAUGAAAACAGCUACAUUGUUCUGCUUUACAAAUACAUAAUAUAUUUACAUAUUAAAAAUAUAUAUUUUCAUUAAUAUAAAUAAAAUGAUGUUUGGCUUAACAUUAUUUAAGGAAAUUACUUUGGGGUUAAAAAUGCCCAGACAUUCAUUCACAGUUUGUCUUUUCACGAGAUUUACCCAACUGCUUGUGCAAUUGUACGUUUUUUUGUACAUUAAUCAAAUUGUACAUUAACAUAUUUAUACUGAGAUUUAUGUAUACAAAGUGUGCAUAUAAUAUUGUUGUGCACAACAACAUUUAAAAUAACAAAAAUAGGUUUUUUUUUAUCCUAGAAAUUUGAUUCACUUUAUUUUUUGCCAUAUGCAGGCCCUACAGCAUUGCACAACGCUGACAUUUAACUGUUCCUCCACAUGCAUUUACCGCUUUCUUUACACAACGUGUGGAUGACGUCACGGUCUUAAAUCUUUGGCUUGAAUUCAUUAAUGUCACUUUUCAUUGUAACUCUGUUUGACUGUGCUAUAUUGUCGAUAUAAAACCUUGCAUAUAAAUCCAUAAAUAAAAUAUCAGAUUUUAAAGUAGGCCUAUACACAUGUCGUUUUGAUCUCUCCCUCUCGCGUCUCUGUGAAAUGUAGAUUUUUAAUUCUUGUACCUCCUCAGUAUCAACCACCGAGACGUGUAGGGCUAAUUCUUAUUUGACAUCAGCUUUAGAUUUUAUGUACAUGGAUCCCAGGCUGCAUGGCAGAAGAAAUCUGCUUGUGACUAUUUUGUAUCUCCUACAUAAAUCAUUUCCGACAUAUUCUAGUCAACAGAAAAGCAAUGUUUGACAUUUAUACCAGCCACACCCAGACAGCACAAAUCUGAAUCAUGUCAUCUUGAUGCGUUUUAAUUUAUGCGGCUUCGUUUGAUCUGCUGGGUUUUGUUAUUUAGAUGCGAAUUAAGCUGUCAAUAUUUUCUGGUCUCCUGCCACAAUGAAACCCUGUAUUUUGAGGUUGCUAUGUUUUUGGUGCCAACAAAGUGCAUGGCAACUGCCAUAGGCAUGCCGGAAAAUUUCCUUUGAAAGCUUGUAAAGGUGAACCCUUUAUUCUUUUUGUACGGUCACUUCUGACUCAUUUUUAAUUUUUCUCAGGCACCUCUGAUCAAACAAUCAGGGGUUGAGAGCUUGUGGAAUACUCAAAAAAAGAUUUUACAAUACUGUUCACUUUAAUUAAACAAUUCAUUUUUAUUUUAAUUAAAUGUUUUAACACCACUGUGUUAUGUAUUAUGUUCAUCCACAAUUGCAUUGUGUUAAAUGGACUAUACUAACUUUUGCUGAACUAAAUGUUUACAUUUUAAAUGGUUAAACAUGUUUCAAUCAAGUAGAUCAAUACAAUAUUUGAUGCUUGUUC